AUGUUUACAGUUGGAAAGCUAUACAAUUUGAUAUCAAGUAAAUUAUUAGGCAAAGUGUUCUUGGAAGCAGCUAAUUAUCAAAUAAAGAAGGAAGUUCUCAAAGAGGGUGGAAGAAUGGCAACUAUAAACUUGGAGUCAAGAGCAGCUUUACUUGCAGCAAAACAGGGGUUAGCAGGUGCUGCAUCGCGAUAUCUUGGUGUUAGGAGCAUAAUGCUUGCAUAUCUUCCAAAAAGAGGGUAUUAUCGUCAUUUUGACUGGUAUGCCCCUGAACCUCAUUUUAGACAUAUUUUGGACCUAUUUCCAGGUGAGGCUGUCAACUUGUCGCAACUGAACCUCAUAAAUCUAGCUGGCUCCGAGAGCUCUAAAGCUGAAACUACUGGUAUUCGUAGAAAAGAAGGGGCCUACAUAAAUAAAAGCCUGCUAACUCUUGGAACUGUUAUAUCAAAACUAUCAGAUGGGAGGGCUGCUCAUAUACCAUACAGAGACUCAAAAUUGACCAGACUUCUUCAGUCUUUUUUAAGUGGUCAUGGAAGGCGUAUUUGCACUGUUACUCCCUCUUCAAGCAAUUCAGAGGAGAUACACAACACAUUAAAAUUUGCACAUCAUGCAAAACACAUUGAAAUUCAAGCACCACAAAAUAAGAUCAAUGAUGAAAAAUCCCUUAUCAAGGCAUAUCAAAAUCAAAUUCGAUCUUUAAAAGAGGAGUUACAUCAGUUGGAGCAAGAAGGAGAAGCUAAAGAUGCUUUAUUAAGCCAAAUACAAAGUCUCACAAGACUGAUCCUAGUCUCAACCAAAUCUCCACAUCAGACUGAUCCAGGAAGCAAAUAUUCCUUUAGGGAAGAGGAGGUUGUAGGUGAUCAACUUCCUGUUUUGCAUCGUGCUCUUGUUGAAAAAAGUGCAGAAGUACAAAGAUCUGAACAAGUUCUUGUGAAGAAUAAAGAAACCCUAAAUAAACUAAAAGAAGUCAAUGUUGAACAAGAAAGAGAUGUGGAGCGUGUUCGCCAAAGAGAUGAACUUUAUAGACACUGA